AUGAUUCUCCUUGGCAGCAGCAUUAGCAGCCGCCUGAGGGUGAAAAGGUGGGUGAUGGGGAAGUUGUACCACCUGUAUUUCAAAAUUAGGGACCCAAACUCCCGGAACAAACAAGCGCUGAACAGACUUCGUGCUCAGCUUAGAAAGAAAAAAGAAUCUCUAGCUGACCAGUUUGACUUCAAGAUGUAUAUUGCCUUUGUGUUCAAGGAGAAGAAGAAAAAAUCAGCACUUUUUGAAGUGUCUGAGAUUAUACCAGUCAUGACAAAUAAUUAUGAAGAAAAUAUCCUGAAAGGUGUGGGAGAUUCCAGCUAUUCCUUGGAAAGUUCCAUAGAGCUUUUACAAAAGGAUGUGGUACAGCUCCAUGCUUCUCGAUACCAGUCUAUGAGAAGGGAUGUAAUUGGCUGUACUCAGGAGAUGGAUUUCAUUCUUUGGCCUCGGAAUGAUAUUGAGAAAAUUGUCUGUCUCCUGUUUUCCAGGUGGAAGGAAUCUGAUGAGCCUUUUAGGCCUGUUCAGGCCAAAUUUGAGUUUCAUCACGGUGACUAUGAGAAACAGUUUCUGCAUGUACUGAGCCGCAAGGACAAGACUGGAAUUGUUGUCAACAAUCCCAACCAGUCAAUGUUUCUCUUCAUUGACAGACAGCACUUGCAGACUCCAAAAAACAAAGCUACAAUCUUCAAGUUAUGCAGCAUCUGCCUCUACCUGCCACAGGAACAGCUCACCCAUUGGGCAGUUGGCACCAUAGAGGAUCACCUCCGUCCUUACAUGCCAGAAUAGAGGGCUGACCAGCAAAAUGGAGAAGAUCAGAGAAUGCAGCA